AGAAACAAGUUGCCACAGCUACGUACCUAGGCAACAAGAUGAAGCCAGUCGCCCUGUCGAUUUCUCUGGUAUUUUUACUGCUUGGGAUUUCUGGACAAGUUAAAUCCUCAGCAACCAGUCAACCUCAACCCGACGCUGUUAAUCCUGGCACGAAUGGAGAAAUCGCUUUCAAGGGCAAAUGCAGCCCAACGGACAAAUGCAAAUAUGCCAACGUGUCCUGCAUCGAUGGAAUUUGUCAAUGCAAACAAGGCCAAUUUUUCACUGCGCUCAUGCGCGACCAGCAGGGUUGCUUUGACAUUGUGCAAAUCCACAACAUUGCCACGGUUGAGGACCAUCCCCGGGUGAUCAUUAACCAGACAUGUCUUCAGUCUCCAGAACGUAAUAAUUCAUGUCGAUCCCCUUGUUACACGGGAUUACUAGUCGACGUCAUUCGCAUGAUCGACAAUGAAAUUAAGAACUUGGAAAAUUGCACCGUCACUGAGAUGGACUCAGUCGGGACACUUGACACGAGUAGUGACCCACCCUCGUGGAACACGGGAUUGAUGGCAAUCGUGGCGAAAAAACAAACGGAUCUCGCCCUGGUGCCGUUCAAUGUUUCCAAGCAGAGGCCAGAAAUCAAAACAAUUUUGGAUUACUCCAGCCUCAUAAUCCGCAAUCCGCAUCAAAACACGUACUUAACCAUCGGCCUCCCCCACUUGUCCAGGGCUAACUUACUAUAUUUUUCCAUGAUCCACCUUUUUACCAAACUGGGGCAUAGUGAGAAGCUCUUGAACAAAUGGUUUAUUCAGGGGACAUCAUUAUGGUCCAAGGAGAAGCAGAAGACGCCAUACACGCCAACCGCAGAGUGUCAUCUUUUGUAA